ACAGAGAAUUUUGUCCCCUCUUCUUCAUUUUGACACACAAGAAGUGUUUUUUCUUUCUUUUCUCGAGUGUGGACACGCUGGACGCGCGGCAGGACCCAGGGAGGCGGCUCAGAGCGGACACCGUGUACUUCCUUUGCGGCUUCAACACGAUGGAACCGGCCUUCGGUGAGGUGAACCAGCUCGGCGGUGUCUUCGUGAACGGCCGACCUCUCCCCAACGCGAUCCGCCUCCGGAUCGUAGAGCUGGCCCAGCUCGGGAUCCGGCCGUGCGACAUCAGCCGCCAGCUGCGCGUCUCCCACGGCUGCGUGAGCAAGAUCCUGGCCCGCUACAACGAAACCGGCUCCAUCCUGCCGGGGGCCAUCGGGGGCAGCAAGCCGCGGGUCACCACGCCCACAGUCGUCAAGCAUAUACGGACUUACAAGCAACGGGACCCUGGGAUUUUCGCCUGGGAGAUCCGGGACAGGUUGCUCGCGGACGGAGUGUGCGAUAAAUUCAACCUGCCCUCCGUCAGCUCCAUCAGCCGGAUCCUGCGGAACAAGAUCGGAAACCUGGCGCAGCAGAGCCAGUACGAGUCGGGCAAGCAGGCACCUCACCCGCCGCCUCAGCCUUCAUUAUCCUACAACCAUUUGUACUCCUACCCUGCGUCCAAAGUGCCCAAUCCCCCUGGCAUGCCCACCCUUCCCGGACACAUGGCCAUGCACAGGAUAUGGCCCUCCUCGCACUCUGUCACAGAUAUUCUGGGGAUUCGAUCUAUCACAGAGCAACAAAUUAGUGACAGUCCAUCCUUUCCCAGCACCAAACUAGAAGAAUGGAGCGCUAUAAACAGGAGUAAUUUCCCACCAGCAACCUCUGCACUAGUCAAUGGCAUGGAUAAGGCGCAUUUAGAACCCCACGAAGCAAAAUACACACAGACGCCGAGUGGAUUGCCCACAGUGAACAGCUAUGUCACAGCGCCCAGCAUCCCUCCCUACCACCCUCCCACCCAAGUGUCACCCUACAUGGGGUACAGCGCCACCACGUCGGCUUAUGUGACCGGACCCACAUGGCAGCCGGCCAGUGGCAGUGCUCUAUCUCCCCACAGCUGUGACCUCGCUGCCCCUCUUGCCUUCAAGAGCAUGGCAGCAAGCCGUGACGCCAUCCACCCCGUCGCCGCGUCGGCACUCUGAGAUCCCCUCCAAGGACUGGAGAUGGACGAGGGGAAAGAAUAGAAGGGGGCAAGUCGACAGGACAUAAGAGGAGACUUCACGUCACAUCAUUUGGUUUCCACUGCCCCUUUUCUUUAAAGGACUCAGAACUUUAAUUUGCUCCACUGAGUGCAGGACGCUCCCCCUCCAACCCUCAGCACAGCGAGGCUAAAGACUCGCAGGGAGUGAACGGUCAAUACAACAAACUUGUUGUCUAAAAGCACUUGCAGAACAGGUGUUCUGAAGGGACUGGUGUGUGACCACCACUCCACUCUUCAACACUAUUCCUCUCAGACUCUUUGGGCAAAAAAACGGGGUAAUGUACAACUUCAGAAAUAUACAAUCAACCUAAGGGAAAACACUUUGCAUUAGUGUUUCAGGGUGCUUGUUUAAUACUAUUGUUUUUUUUAAAGUUUGUAUGCGAUUUUUGUUCAUGAAAAUGGAGCAUUACUUUUCCCACUUCACUAAAAGUGUAGCCAGAGAGCUCCACAAAGAAGUCUUUAUUUAUUAGAUUAAGGUACGUUGAAUGAAGUGCAAUUAGUGUUGCAAACUGCAUGGGAGUUUCCAUGCGCAUUUGGACAGAAUUGGAAUUAUGUUGCAGAGCAUUAUCAAUUGACAAAUGUUGCACAAUGAAAUUGAAUGUAUCUUAUUAAAUUGUUUGGCUGUUUACUGAUUUUCCCUGGGGAUUUACUGGGUAUUUUUGGAGGGGGGGGAUGAAUCAUGAUGAUGUAUGGUACAAAUGAUCCCAGUGAAGAUGUUUUUCAGCUUCACUUAUCUCUUCUUUGCUAAAGUCAGGGUAUUCCGUCCUGAUUUCCAUGAUUAGGAAGCUGCUUUCCAUAAACAAAAAAAA